AUGUGCUUCUGCUCACCCGGUUGUUUUGAUGAUGAUGUUUUUGAUUAUUGCCCAUGCAGUCGGGUGGGUCUUUCCGGUUUCACAGAAUCUAUGGACGACAAGCAGCAAAGUCAUAAAUGUUAUGAAGAUCACUGUCGUUCGCUAGCGUCUGAAUUAGAGUAUCGCGAAUUGCAACUGGAACAACUUAAGUCACAUUUAUUAUCACGCAUUUACGUGACUGAGUCCCACAUGAAAAAGUUGGUGCAACUUCGAGACGACGAAUCAAUCAAGGCGGAACGUGCAGCAACCAAGUUGCGCGCAGCAGUGAACAAACUUCAAAUGCGAUACGAGUGUGAGAAGCAACAGCUGCAUGACACCCUACGAUCCGUUGGGGAAUCAGCUAACAAUGAAAUCUCCCAUCUGAAAACGCUACUGAAGCAGAAUGAACUAGACCGUGAGCAACUCCAGAGCAAAUUAAAAUUCUCAGAUUCGAAUACUGUGCAAUUAAACGAAGAAAUAGCCCGGUUAAAGUCCGAAGCCAGUCAGUUCGCAUCUCGUUUAUCUCAACUACUGAGCACCAACAGCGAUUUGUCCUCCAACCUGACCAAACUCAAAUCUGCACAUCAAAAGGCUUCCGCGCGGGCGGAGGAGGCUGCCAAGCAAAUAGGAGAUUUGCGGAAACAACUAGAUCAAGCAAAUGACACAUUACCACUUCCGCGAUUCUUAUCCCCGCCAAACUCCGUGGAUCAGGCUACGCGAUUUGUACAGCAGUUUCACUACGAUGGUUCUAUGUGCAGAUCAUAG